AUGAGUGGAAAAAGGAGACGACUAAACACACAAGGAUCAUCGGAAUCAUCUGAAAAAGGAGGGGGCGGAGCCAAAGAAUCAUCAUCACAAGAAGAAAAUUGUGAAAAACGGGCGAAAAUCGACGAAAAACCGGAGAGUUUGAUGAAUUUGGGCGCUGCUGCAGAAGCGGAUUCUGAAGGUCCGACGUCUUCUGGAGCAGAAUCUGGAGCCCCAGAAUCCACGGCUCCAGAAUCAUCGACGAAAAAAGAGCCGGAAGAAGUGACCGUGGAGCCAAAAUCCGAGCCACAAGCACUGCCGGAGCUCAAUAAACGAUAUAUGGUGGAGAAGAUUUCGCCGGAGAAAAUUGAAAAUCAAGUCGCCGUCAUCCUGCACAUGGAAAUGCGUCCACAAGUGCCACGUGUCCUUCUGAAUGACGAUGACGAGGGGAAAGAGGAUGAGCAAUUACAGUUGAUGUUCUAUGUGCAUUAUGAGCAGCUGGAUAGGAGAAAUGAUGAGUGGAUUGUGCUGGAACAAAUCAAGCUCAAUGAGCCGGUAAAACCGAUCGCCGAAAAUGAGAUUAUCAUUCCGGAAGAGCUGCGGCAAGAAGGGGGUUUGAAUAAUAUCACAACGAGAAGUGUCCGGCGGCAAUUGGAGGAGCAUUUUCAUUUACAACCCAAUAAUAGUACAAUGGACGCGACGACGGCCAGGCUGGAGAGAGAGCAUGAGGAGCGCACAAAAAUCAAGAACAUCCCGCGGAUCACGAUCGGCGCCUACACGAUAAACUCGUGGUACUACUCGCCGUUCCCCAAAUUUUGUGAGAAUCACGAGAUCUUCAUGUGCGAGUACUGUCUGGCCUAUACACCACACAAAUCCCGGGCAAAAUCGCAUUUACAGACAUGCAAACUUCGCCAGCCGCCCGGGAACGAAAUCUAUCGAAAGGACAAUUUAUCGGUUUACGAAGUGGAUGGACAUACGCAAAAACUCUACUGUCAAUGCCUUUGUCUCCUUUCCAAGCUAUUCAUGGACCACAAAACGCUGUACUUUGACGUCGACGAUUUCAUGUUUUACGUUCUUUGUGAGACCGACUCAAAAGGAGCCCACAUCGUUGGAUACUUCUCGCGAGAGGUGGAAUCGUUGAACAAUCUCGCGUGCAUAAUGAUUUUUCCGCCGUUCCAAAAGAAUGGAUACGGUAAACUGUUGAUUCAGCUCAGCUACGAGCUAUCGAAACGCGAGGGCUACAUUGGAACACCGGAAAAACCGCUAUCAGACCUCGGAAAAGUGUCCUACCGUAGCUAUUGGUGGUGGGUGCUGAUCAAACAGUUCAAAACGCACGUCGGACAUACGGUAACCGGCACAUUUUUGUCGCAUGAGACAGGUCUAGCCGUGCCGGACAUCAUUUCGACACUUUCAACGAUGCGGUUGGGCAAAAAGUAUAAAGACAUCGCCGAGCCGGAUUUCGACCCGAACGAAUGGUACUGUCGCCUUCAUCCGAAAAUUCUGGAGCAUUGCCUGGAUCACGACUACGGUAAGAAGCCAUCGCUGAUACUGGACAAAUCGAAGGUCCGUUGGGCACCCGCCGUCACCCGAUACGAAAUGGAACGACGCCGUCAGAAGGAGCAGAAGAAGGCCGGAAGACGACCGUCGAAAUCAUCGCAAGCGAACACUCCACUGGCCACGCCCACUCUUGAUGGUGGCUUUGGUGGAUUCCGGGAGAGGGGAUACGCCACGGACAGCGCGGGGACGAGUUCCCAAGCCUCGCCGCUUAUCGAUUAG